AUGGAGGACCUAGAUUUUUUGGAAGUGAGCUCGAUUGACGAGAAGAUUGAUGCAGAGGAGGAUGAGGAGGAAAUUGAGAAAGCGCUGCGCGAUAGUGUCUCGAUCGCGGAAGAACACUCUUCAACGCGCGGCCAAGCGCUCCUCUUUCCGCGACACCUCCCUUACGAAUGCGAGAGUUUGGAUGCGUUUGAUGCGCUCCUCACUGUAGCCACUGAUAGGCUACUUGACUGCAUUAGUGCACAAGAAUUCGGUGUCGCUUUUGCGCAAUGGACGCAAUACCUCCAAUGCCUCAUGACGCUCAAAUACCCUCUUACCAAGGCGCGACGUGUGCAGUUGGCGCAGCUGUUCUACCACGUUGCAGUGAUGCCUACACUGGAUGUGCGUGUGAUUGAGCUGGCGUCCACCAUGUGUAUUAAACUGAUUCGCUCCAAAAAAGAGCUAGAACCAAGCGACGUAGCACUGCCGUGGCGCCCGCUGUACAGCGCCAUUGUCCGCGAAAUUUCGCACAAGGCCCGCAAGAUUUCCACGUCAAACAUAAGCAACUCCCUGCUUGAUCUUGCCGAGUACGCACAACGAUUCUACCCUUCAAGUGAAGCGGACGAUAUGCUGCGUACCAUUCUUCCGCAAAUGGACGGCAACGACAUCAAUUCUGUGAUUGCAACGCAGGCAUACCUUGUCCAUUUCCUUCCACUAAGCGAGCCGCAGCGCUGGCUACCUACCAUGUUCCGCCUCUGGCAAAGUUUUAAGUCUUCCUUGUUUGACGACCAGAUGCUGGACCAUUUAGCACGCCUCGCUGAGUUCCAUGUCUUGGACGAGAAUGAAGCCCAGAAACCCAUGCGUCGCGAUAUCGGCAUUUUCACAGACGCACAGUUUGCACUGAUCAUGACCAAAUGUCUUCGAUCCGCGGGCCUGCCCGUGGGCGCGAGCAAAGCCGCCAAUGCCACGCUCAUGGCCCAGUCCGCAAAUGUCCGCACGGGUGCAGACGCAAUUGCAUCUGCCCAAACAUUGCGCAUCAAGAAACCCACCGACAGGCUGCGCUCGUUUGCCUUGAUCAUUGUCUACAGCAUGGCGCCCGACGCGCCUCCGUUGGAGUCUGCGCGCAUGUCCGCCCAAGCAGUGGACACCACGCCAGGCCCGCUGCGUCUGCAUGCGCAGCAAACAUUUCUCGGCGGAAGCAAAGCGCUGGAUGCGCUUGCAAAGUAUAUCCAAGCUACCGAGUCCUACUUUCACCCCUCCAAUUGGGGCAUGUGGCAGUCGCAGCUCGGCAGCCUUGUCCAGCACCUGACGUGGGACUUUGUGCGUCGCUGCAAAGAAGAAGAGCUGGCAACGUGCAAAACUCCCCAGCAGUACCGGCUGACUCCUUUGAUCAAGCGCGACUUUAUCCUGUCGCUUCGGACCGUGUGUCUCUUGAGCAUGUUUUCCAAAGACCCCCUAUCCAUUCUCUCUGCCCAGACGAGUCUGAAGCGCAUGGCGUACCUUGCUCCCGAACUGGUUAUCCCCCACAUUUUGCAGCGCAGCUUCACAUCGCUGGAAGCGCUAGAGACGACACAUCGCACGACAGCCGUUAUCUCGACGCUGAUAUCCAUCUCGCUCCCACUCUUAUCCCGGCAAGUGUACCCUGCAGGCGCCAAGCAUCUCGCGCCACUGCUCCAUUUGUGUUUGCCUGGGAUCGAUUUGAACGAUUCUUUGAAAACGAUCAGCACAUGCCUCUUUAUCCUCAGCACGAUGCUCACCAUCCACGUCGAGGAUCUGAGCACCGCACCAGAGACCAACGAUGCCGCUGCACAAGCGCCUGUGCCCCUCGAUGAAGAGCACAGUACGACGCGCGCCGCGGAAGACUAUGCGCUAUGCCUCUCUACCGCUGACUUGGACGCGUGGGUGGUCGAGUUUGUGCGGCGCGUCUUGCACCUUAUCGACAUGCUUCCAGAUGAAGGCAAGGGCGGCAAGAUUGGCGAGAAGAAUGAAGAAAUGCUGUUGAAUACACUGAUUGCAUCGUACGACGUUUUCUGUAGUGCGCUUGGCGGCACUCUCUUUGACCGCGCGCUCGACAUUGUCGUUGAGUACUGCCGCACGACCGUCUCGGCGAGCGGCGUCAAGGUUAUUGGCUCCAUUGUACGCUGCUUUGCGCGCGCAGACAGCGCCAAGGUUAUGGCCAAGCUUGUGCCGCUGAGCUGCGCGCGGAUUGCCACGGAAUUGAAGCAUGGCGCGUCUUCUGUGCGUACGACAAGCACGAGCGCACCGCUCUCUUCUGAUACCGCGCUCCACUGGCACAUCAGCAUUCUGAGCGGCAUUGUGAUGUUUGCCGGCGAGCACAUUGUCGCCCAUCGCGACCAGCUCCAAGAAACGCUGCAGCUGCUCGCAGAAAAGUGCUUUGGCGAGCGCGGUUACUUGCUCACCGCCAAACUCGUGCAGUGCAUCCUCCAUUCCCUGCUUUGCAUUUACUCGCGCGACCAGCGGAGUGUGAAUCCCAGCGUGUGGCGCUCCGAGGCUUUCCAGCAGCAUUCGCAUUUGUACUGGGGUACGACAUACACACUCAAAGACGUCGAAAUCGAUUGGCAUGUACCAAACGAUGCCGAGAUUGACAUGGCGCUUGGUCUCCUUGACGGCGUUGUAGGCGCCUCCAUCCGUGCGCUCUCCUCGCUGGUCCAAAGCACUACACACGACAAAAUCUGGCACAAUGAUUUCUGCAGGCACCUCAUGCUGGUGCGCUUUGCUUUUGUAGCCACAGCGAGCCUCAUGGAGCCAGAAGAAGGCGGCACGCCGGCCGAGCACGCCGACCUCGGCGAUGCUGUGCCUGCCUUUCUGCCACCUCCCUUCACGAUUGCGUGCGGCUAUGCACUCAAGCGCAGCGAUCCGCGCUAUGCCCGAGCCGCCAAGUUCCGCGCGGAGGUUGGACAAGUGCUCGUGCGUGCGGCACAAGCCAUGCACACCGACGCCGAGGACCAAAUUGAUGCAAGCAAGCUGCUUGUGCGCUCCAUUCGCAUCUACCUCCUCCAUGCAAGUUACAAUGUGGACGAGCUGCGCGGCGCGGCCAAGUCGGUUACUUUUUUCCGCACGCUGGGCCGCGCAUGGGCCAAGCAACAAACGUAUCCCCGCAUUCUGUGGAUCCGUCGCAUUACGCUGUACAACCUUACGCGAAUGCGCAUCCGAGGCAUGUUUGCGCGCCGCACGCCCGUGACCGAUGCACUGACGCAAGCGCUGCUGGCCAUGUGCAUGUCGAAUUACGUGGCUGUGCGGAAACUUGCGCAGACCACUUUGGCCGGCGUAUUUGCCACGUACGAAGGAACGCGCGCCUUGUGUCUCCCGAAUCUGGUGACUGCGCUGCGCAGUGCGUCGGACGAUCAGCUCAAAGGCGCGCUCUAUGUGCUCAGCAGCAAAAUGUUUAUCCGUGCGAUUGUGUGGAACCAGCGCUUUACACGACCCCUUCUCGACGCACUGCUGCGCGCCAAGCAUGCCAAACCAAGCAUCCAGAAACUCACACGCAGUGUGCUGAACGAGAUUAUCGUGCACAUGCAGGAGCCGUGCGUGCAGAAAGCCUACUUUCCCAGCCCAGCGCUGCAAGCAUGCACGGCACAGCACACGCCCGCUGCGAUUCUGGACAAGGUAUGCGCGCUGCAGACGCAAACGCACAUCUCCAUGGACGAGGAGCAUACGGCGCUUGUCCGCGAGACGCUUGCGUUUGCCAAAGACGCCUCGACGCACUGGGCAUUUGCCCUCUUGGCCAUGCGUACGUUACGCCAAACGAUGCGGCGCGACGCUGCGCCAGACGCGGCCGUCGCUGCGUUUGUGACGCAAGAGUGCAUUGCGGAGAACCCAAGUAUGCGUCGCGAGGCACAGCACGCCAUGUCGCGCCUCUUGUACCUGAUCAAGCUGCGCUCUCUGAGCACGGGCGAAUCGCUGUGUUUAGAAGAGGCGCACAACCCCCUCAAGCAGAAAGAACAGCUCAACACGCCCGUCGACCCCGCAAAGCGCGACGCAGCGCUUGCUGCGUUUGCCACGCCGCUCAGUGCCGCCUCGCGACUACAUGACAAAGGCGUGCAAGGCUGGCUUGCAUGGGGCGAUGAAGACGUGUUUUAUGUGCCGCCGCCUGCUCACAGCGCGCCGUUUGCGUGGGACGAUGCGUCGGACGCUGCGCUGGCUGCGAUGAAAACAUCGGUAUACGCCCAGGCGUGGUGGGAUCAGCUCAUUGCGUACCUCGCCCAGGAAAAAGAGCGCGACUACCUAGCCGCCGCGAAAACCACGUGGCUAAAAGGCAUUUUUCAGCUGUUUGGCGUGGGUGUGCUCGACGUGUUGGCCGCGCCUGUAGAAGCGCUCGUCGCUGAGCGCGACAGACACAAGCACCGCGCAGCCGCCGAGAUUGUAAGCAGCGCUUUUCGCGGCUCGAAACACUGGCCGCUCGACGAUCAGAAGCGGCUCUGGACUUGGUGCGAUGCAUGGAUGCCGCGCGUGCUUGCAGAGAGUCCGCCGGACAGCCAGCCUUCUUGGCAAAUGUGCGUCGAGUACGUGUUCAAGAAUAGGGAUCCGCGCCGUGCGCCGCGCCUCCUUGCGUUUCUCCUCGAGCAUGCGAAAGAGAGUCUCGGCGGGAGUGCCAGCGCUGCGAGUCCGUCGCAGCAAGCAAAUGCGCAACUCUUGCUGUGUAGCGCGCUGCGCUCGUUGCAGCACAAAUUCCGUGCGUGGGGCGCCGAUGCGCUUAUGGCGCUGUACUACAGCCAGUUUGGCCACGACUACCAGGAAGUGCGCCGCGCCAUUAGCGAAGGGCUGGUCGAGCUCGAGUACCUCUAUGCAAUGCCGUCGUACGCAAGCGUCGACGCGUUGCUGGAUGCGAGCCAUGCGAUGGACGGCUCGCUCCUGCGCCGCGCCGCGCUGCUGCCUGCGCAGUGCAAGCAACUUUCGUCCAACUUGCGGAUGUGGCGCAUGGAGCGCGUGCCGACGUCGCAAGGCACCUCGCAGUACGAUCGUGCUGCGACGACGAGUGCUUUUUGGAUUGCCAUGUCGCUCGAUGACCACCGGCUGAGUCCCAUGAUUGACGAGGUAAUUGCAUUCUUGCCGGAUCUCUUUGCCAUGUACCAACUGCGCGAUAAUCCGGAGCUGAGUGCGAUUGCCAACGCCGUCCUGGUCAAGGUCGUUUCCUUUCCAUUUACCUUUUCGCAAGCGCAGCCGCUCAUGCGCCAGUUUUUGCACAUGAUUCGCGGCUCGGAGUCCUGGCACGCGCGGCUGGAUGCAUUGCCGCUCUUGCAGAUUGCCUACUUUCAAAACUUGUUCUACCUCACGCACGACACGAUGCAGGAUGUCAUAACACUCCUCCUGGAUUUGCUGCAGGACAAGCACCUCGAAGUGCGCGAAAUGGCUGCGGCCACGAUUUCGGGCAUCGUGCGGUGCUCGCAGCGGUCCAUGGUCAAGGAUCUGCUCUGCAUGUUUGCGUACGCAGAGCGACAUGCGCCGCUGCCACAGCGCGGUGCGCCGGACAAAGAGGUGCGUCUGCGUGCAUUGCACAGCGCAUUGCUGGGUGCGACCGCGUUGGUCGAUGCGUUCCCGUACGAUGUCCCGCCCUGGAUGCCGUCUUUGAUUCUAGAUACCAUUGCGCCGCACGCUGAGGACCCCGUGCCGAUCUCUACUACUGUGCGCAAAUGCGCCGCAGAUUUCCGGCGGACGCACCAGGAUACCUGGACGGAAGAUCAGGCGCAGUUUGGGGAUCGGGUACAGGAACUCCAUGACUUUACGCUUGGUAGAAGUGACUAUUUCGUGUAG